AUGGUUUUUACAAGAAUUAGUUCAUAUGCUCUGUCUAAUACUAAAUUCACAGUGUUCCUUGGUGAAAGAAACCUAAAUCAAGAUGAACAACUAUAUAGAGGUGUAGGACAACUUCAUGAACGUUUUCUAUCAAUGUUUGAAGCACAGCCAACAAGAUCAUUUGGGUUCCCUAUUCUUACAGAUUUUGAUCAAGGAUUUAUUUUGUUUAAAGCAAUAAAAAAUGAUAAUGGUUUGACAUUUUUGAGAUCGGAGAUUGAACAAAUGGAUGUGGGUCGCAUGACUUUAUACUGUCUUUUUAGAGCUCUCCCUUCACAACUUGGUAGUAAUCACCUGUUUAAUAUGCCACCUUUUAUUAGUAUUCAUAAUAUUGCAAUAAAGGAUCUACAUAUCAUAAGAUAUAAUUCAAGAUCAAAACCAAUGAUUCUUAAAGGCAUUAUAGAUUCAUAUGGCAGUGAUAUUGUAGCUAAAAUUGGGAGAAAGGAAAGAUUAACACAUGAAUACAAUGUCUUAAAAUUUAUCAAUGAAAGUAUUUCAAAAGCAGAUCUGCUACCAGAAGAGGCACUUUCCAUUCAUAAUGCUAUAAAAGAUAUAGCCCAAUUUUUAGAGUUAGUUAAAAAUAUAGGUUAUUGUCAUUGA